AAUAACAAAAGAAAAAAAAAAGGAAAAAAGAAAGAAAGAAAAAAAUCAUGUAACUUUUUUUUUUUUUAGAGCUCCACGUCAAGAAAAGCCUACUCCUCCUUCAACACCCGCUAGAAACUCGAUGCCUCCACCACCACCUCCUUCAGCUGGUAAUACUUAUGCUUAUCCACCACCACCUACAACAGCACCAUCUUAUUCCAACGCACCUCCCAGCGCUUCUUAUGGAUAUCCACCACCACCACCACAACAACAACAAUAUAACAACAAUUAUGCGGUGCCUCCUCCAGUUGCGCAACCUGUGCCUGAGCAACAAGCAUCAGGAUCAGCAGCUAGCAAAGCAUCGGGGAUGAUGUCUAAAGUGGGUGGACAAAUCGCCAAUGCUGCCACUCUUGGAUUUGGUGCAACACUUGGAAGUGAAGCUGCCCAUGCCAUUUUUUGAAAAGAUUGUUUACAAGAUGAUGUCGUCGUUCAAUUUUAGAGUUUAACACCCUAUGAUGUUUGAUUAUUAUUUUUUUUACAUUCCUUUGUGUGAUCAUAGUUAUUAAGCAUUAGUAGUAAU